GAUCAGAUCUCUGAGUCCUCUUCCCACAAUGCAUCCUGCUGGACCAGGUCAGCAUGGAGACUCUGGUCUGGACUGAGAGGUCCGGAUGUGCUGCAUCAUCUGAAUUAGCAGUGACGUCACACAGGAGCACCUGUGUUACAGGAAAAACCAGACCGCGAGCCGCCUCCUGCAUGUUUAAUGAGCCGAUACCUCAAACGUGUUUAAACCCGCCCCUCUCCUCCGCGCCGCGCAGUCAGAGAAUCAAACGACGGAGAGAUGGAAGCAGGAGGUGAUGAGCGAGGAGAAGAGAGGAGGAGACUGCCAAAACUGAAGAACCCCACUAAAUUCUGGAAGAACCGCAGAAAGCAGAACCACAACCACACUGAAGACAGUGAGGUAGACGGUGUGGAGGAGCAGCGGGAGGAGCUGCUGGAGGAGGUCAGCAGGAAGCUGAUCCUCAGGGAGGAGCAGCUCUUCACUCAGGACUGUCCCAGUGAGGAUGAGGACCAGCUGCACAAAGACCUGGAGGACCUGAAACUGCACAUCUGGAUGGCGGUCGACAACACCUUCACCUCCCCCUCCUCCUCAGGACAGCUUGACGUCCUGAGGAGUGCCAUGGCCUCAGUCCAGCAGCAGGAAGUGCAGGACCGGCGCUGGAUGGAGACAGGUCCUGAGGACAGGUUCCCGGCGUGGCGUCCUCUGAGGUGCCUCAGCACUCAUAACGCUCUGCUGCAGAACAUGGUGGAAUCCAGACUAACGAAGGCUGCGGAGGACGAGUCGAGUGGAAUCGACGGACUUUCCUCUCCCCUGAAGAGGGAGGUGUGUCAUCUGGGGAGACGUGUGAGGGACGACCUGCUGACGGUGGCAAGGACGGUGAAGGACUGUUACCCUGCAAACAUGGACAUCCUGAACAUCUACGCCGCCCUCUACCAUCAGAGGUUCUCGGCUCGGCUGACUGAACUCGCCUCGUCUGGACUGGGAGUGGACGACUGCAGCUACCUGCUGUUCUGGGUCAACCACUGCUACCCACAUGAUAUAUUAGAACAUGAAGACCUGGAUGGAAAGAUAAAGACGGCCUGUCUGGGUUCUCUGCUGCUGCAGAAUCAUCUGAACCGGCUGGAGAACCAGUACUUAACCCACAAAGAGGACCAGGUGAAGCUGUGGCUUAGCACUGCGUUAAAGAAAGAAGAGGAGAGCUGGUUGAACGGCAACAUGCCUGAACUCAUUGACAGCUAUUACUUCAGCCCGCUGGCCGUAGAUGUCAUACAGGUAGUGAACAGCUUCCUGACUGAGUUCACCUGUGUUAUAAGAGACCAGAGCAAAACUCAGAGGAUCACAGCUCACCUGGAGAACUUCCUCAGCAGCUACAAGAAGAGCAUGGAGGAGUUUGUGAGGGGAAACCAUGGCAACGCCCACUGUGUGAUCAAAGCUCAUCUGGUCUGUGAGGAGCAGUUCAGGGAUUACAUCACAGGUGCAACAGGAAGUCUGUCUGAGCAGCAGAGACGACGCUGUCUGGAAACACUGUCUGCCCUGAGAGAUUGUGGGUACAGGUAUUUCACCUGUCCCAUUGACGUCCAGCUGAAGGUGUGUUACAGAGACCUGUGGACGUCUGUCUGGUUGGACGGCUCACUUCCUGUCGUCUCCUGUCUGCUGGACUCUCUGAGCCGACACCUGAGGGACCUGACUGACCUGAAACCGGCCUGCAGGCAGUCCCUGCUGAGUGUCGUCCAUCGGGACGUGGUUCUUCGUUACGUGAAGAGGAUGAUGAAGACCAGGAUGAAGAGCAGAGAGCAGCAGGGGGGUGGAGCUCAGCGGAUGAAAGAGGACGCUCAAAUGAUCAACGACUUCUUCAGAGAGGGGGGCUGCAGCGGGUCCUUUUGGCUCGGGGAGGUUCUCUCCAGCAUCGCCGAGGUUCUCCAUCUGCAGGAUCCAGGAAGUGUUCAGCUGGAGAUGGUCAGUCUGGCCAGGACGUUCCCAGACCUCAGUGACGAUCACGUGUCGGCGCUGCUGUCUCUGAAAACCAACCUAUCAGCUGCUGACGUUCGCUCGAUCAGGAAGAGUGUGGAGGAGAACCGCCUCUUCGAUGUCUCCACCAAUCAGAGCCCUCCGUUCUUCUCCAAGGUCAAAGUAAAAUGGAUCAAUAAUAAGAUCAAUAAGAUGGGACUGUAGAGCAUUUUAGCUUGUUAGCCAGUUAGCAUUUUAGCCUAUUAGCCUGCUAGCAGAACCACUCAGUAUCUAUGUAUCUAAUGACUGAUGUGUUUGUUUAUGUUGUUAGAACUGAAGGAUGUAAACAGUAUUUAUCCAACAGUCAGUUCUGAAGUGAUCUGAUUGGACGAGUCAUUCCAUGAAGCUGAUACACUUUUAACUCCAGGUAUCACUCCUCUUCACAGCUGAUCUAUUAACCGUUAAUCAGCGUCACAUUAACGUCGUUAUCGAUCUCAGAUUGUAACAAAGAUGAAAAUAUUUCAUAUAAAUAUAUCUGUUCGUCAGGAGAGGAUGAAGGAAGAAGGUGGAUCCUUCAGAGACACCUGAGGGAACGAGGAGACGAGGUAGCAGCUAGUGUCACUGUGCAGGUCAGGAAAAUGUUUAUGUGUUGCUUAGCAACAGUCCAGUACCGGUCCAGGAACUAUUUGUGUUGGUGUAGACAAAUCAAUGAUGAAAUAAACAAACUAA